AUGGCGCACAGCAAUUUAGAUUCAAACCAGCCUCUCCGGUUUGCCUGCGAUCGCUGCCAUACGCAGAAGCUGCGCUGUCCUCGGCAGCGGGAGAGGAGUCUUACUCAUCCAGACGAGCCCUGCUCACGAUGCCGCAAGCACAGCAUACCUUGCAUCGUCAGUCAGCAAAGGAAGGUCGGACGCCCGCGGAAACUAAAGGCGAAGAAACAACAACCAGAGCAGCGAGAGACAUCCAACACACUGCCCGGGGCGGGAACUAUGGGAUACCACCAUGCCGCCGAUCCUGCGAGAAUCUCGACCGAUGGAAUGGCCAAGAUGCCAUUUGAGGCGUUUCCAAACGAGUUUGGCACAAUGAGCCUGUCUCCCCUCAAUCUCACUGGGGGUCCCUCCGAUAUGAUGGAGUCUCAAGGGCAGCCUAUUUCAGAUGAGGAUGCCUUCGGCCUCGACCGGAGCUCGAGCUUAUCUUCGGCAACCUCGAGUUCCAAGACGGAUUCUCUGCAGCUUGACAGCCCCAGCGUCUUCCUCAAUACUCCAGCAUCCUCCACCAAGCCCUUUGAGAGUCCACCAAGCUUUGAUCGGGCCCUAGAAGACCUCGCUGACAUGGGGCCCCCGCCCACGGUGUCCAGGGGUGCGUUGAGCUAUCGAGAGAUCUUAGACUUGAACGUGAGGAUCCUUGCGUUAUGGGAAGAGAUCACUUCGGCGACGGACAGUUCGGCUAUGCUUCAACAUAUAGUAGCACUGUCCAAGGACCUGACCAAUGCGGCGAGAAGCAGUGUUCCGUACCUGUUCAAUUCAUCGUCGUCGUCGUCGUCGGCACCGUUGUCUUCAUUGUCCUCCGGAAAAUAUUCGACAAUGGACUCCGAUGAUUAUCAUGAGCUCAGCUCUGCUUUCAGCCCCAAAAGGUCGCCCAGUCCUGACACUCUAGGCCGACUCUCGUCUCCAUCGGCGCACGCAGAAUCUAUCCCUGACUUUACUGCGAUCUUUCAGCUCGCCGGAUGCUACGCACAGAUUCUUCACCUCUUCGAGGUCACUCUGGACUCGUUGUGGGAGCAGUACGGUGAACCAGAAUCGAAUCAUGGUUUGGAUCAAGGCCACGGCAUCAUUGGGUCCCUCGAGGCCUCCUUGGCAGUCCACACGGUCACAUAUCUACUAGAUCGUCUUCAUCGGGCUUUUUCCAUGAGUCACUCGCUCACACAAGGUUCUACGUCAUUCUGCAGUUCUAGAGAAAUGGCGACCAGACGGGUCCUGACGGGCAGCGCAAAAGUGACGGGUGGGUUGAUAGGGCGUGGGCUGGCUGAGAUGGAGGAGCUCGAGGAACGACUGGCCAGUAGGUCAAAGCAGCUACAGCAGAAUAUCAACCGGUGUGAUGUGUAG